AUGGUUGAUAAUCCUGACUGUCAGUUGGGAAUGGAAAGGGCCCUUCUUAGAAAUGCCUCUGUUAUGACCCAGGCACAGGGAGAAUAUCUUCACGGACAGGCUUUCGCUGACAGCAAUAACCAUGGACAAACGCCAAUUCCUGCGCCUAUUCCCACCUAUUCAUCGAUGCCCCCGCCAGCAGCUCAAAACAUAUACGCGAAUACUCAAAGCCGAUAUGUUUCUCCAUACCCACCCCAACAACCUCAGCAGCCCCAACAACAACAAUACACCCAACAACCCCCCACAAUCCAACCCGUUCCCAACCAGUCAUCAUACGAAAUUUACGAUGAGGAGUACGAAAACGAGCAAUUAGAUAGUGCAGCAGCAGCGAAUGAAACAGUUUCCGGCCCCGGCUGGCGAGUCGAACCAUCAGUCAUUGUCCCUCGAUCAGCUUAUCCUAGUUCUGAAAGUCGCGGUCAUCGCAGUUCGGGUAGGAGACACAGAUAA